CUCGGUCUCUUUCUCUCUCCGCGCUGGCGGCAGCAGUGGCGGCCGAAAGGGCCUGGGCCGUGGCUUCCUUUUAAUCCGCCGCCAUCCUCCCUUCUCGCCGCCACCAUGACGGAGCAGAUGACCCUGCGGGGCACCCUGAAGGGCCACAAUGGCUGGGUGACCCAGAUCGCCACCACCCCGCAAUUCCCGGACAUGAUUCUCUCGGCCUCCCGCGACAAAACCAUCAUCAUGUGGAAGCUGACCCGUGACGAGACCAACUAUGGGAUCCCGCAGCGAGCUUUGCGCGGGCACUCGCACUUUGUCAGCGACGUUGUCAUCUCCUCCGAUGGGCAGUUCGCGCUCUCGGGAUCCUGGGAUGGCACCCUGCGCCUCUGGGAUCUCACCACAGGCACCACCACCCGUCGCUUUGUCGGCCACACCAAGGAUGUCCUGAGCGUUGCCUUCUCCUCUGACAACCGCCAGAUCGUUUCUGGCUCUAGGGACAAAACCAUCAAGCUCUGGAAUACUUUGGGAGUCUGCAAGUACACGGUGCAGGAUGAGAGUCACUCGGAGUGGGUGUCGUGCGUCCGCUUCUCUCCGAACAGCAGCAAUCCCAUCAUCGUUUCCUGCGGUUGGGAUAAGCUGGUGAAGGUCUGGAAUUUGGCGAACUGCAAGCUGAAGACGAACCACAUCGGACACACGGGCUACCUGAACACUGUGACCGUCUCUCCCGAUGGCUCUCUCUGUGCCUCUGGUGGGAAGGACGGACAGGCGAUGCUGUGGGACCUGAACGAGGGAAAGCAUCUCUACACGCUGGACGGCGGUGAUGUCAUCAAUGCCCUCUGCUUCAGCCCCAACCGCUACUGGCUCUGUGCCGCCACCGGGCCCAGCAUCAAGAUUUGGGAUCUGGAAGGGAAGAUCAUCGUGGAUGAGCUGAAGCAGGAGGUGAUCAGCACCAGCAGCAAAGCGGAGCCGCCCCAGUGCACAUCCCUGGCCUGGUCUGCCGAUGGGCAGACGCUGUUCGCCGGCUACACGGAUAACCUCGUCCGGGUCUGGCAGGUCACCAUCGGCACCAGAUGAGGUCACGGGAACGGGAAACCGUAGAUUUUGUGUACAAAACUCAAUAAAAGCGCGCUCUGCCCA